AGUCCUCCUACUCAUAAGGCGACUUCGCCAGAUGGUGCAGCCUUUUCUUUGUUUACCCACCGUCCCUGAGUUUACCUAACUCACCCUGGAUACUAAAGCAUGGACCCUGCCCAGACAGCACAGCCGCCGGACACCGACAAGUAAGUCCCGUAGACUCGCAGUUGGAGCAAACAUCUCGGUCGGAGAGUCAAAGUAGACCUACAUCCAGCUUUUGCAGAGCCACCCUUACUUUACAACUCUGUAGCCAGCUGUUGUCGGUUGCCGUCUCGCUUGUUAAAGACCAAUCAAUACGCUCAGUCUGUUUUCAAUAACCUAUUAUAUUAUUCAACCAGCUGACUGUCAUUUUUCUGAUGCUAGGGUUUGGACACCUGUAGAAUACGCCACUGUACACUUUUAUUAGCGAUUUCUCAAACAAACUUAUGCCAAUUUAUACUCAUAACGGUUUCUGCCUGACUGACAACUCGGGAAGCCAAUGACAGGACAUAAAAGAGUGUGUACACAUGCAUUGCCAUAGUAACAGACCGACAUUCCAAAGAAGUGGAAAUCGGGGGCGGGACUAAAGUUUAAGCAUGGAUGGAUGCACCUUUUAUCAGCGAGUCACGGCAAGAAAGUUUUGGGUAAUUCUCAAUACCUGUCGGAAAGUAAAGCAUGCUCACCUUUUUACGUGGAAAAACACAUAAACGUUUAUUUUGUUAUGCAGCGGCUACAACAACGAGGACUGACGUGUAGCCGCGUUAGCAUGUACUGCUAACGAAGCUAACUGUAACGCGUCAACUUCUCAGCAAACGUUCAAUCGUUUUACAGGUUUAUUUUGGGAACAUUUUGAGGCAUUUUUCAGUAAAUAGCCUUUAAAACAAACGAAAGAUGCCGUCCAAAGAUACCUGUUGUGUUAACUGUUUGAUGUUUAAGGUUAAAAGCUGUCGUUUUACACAAGUUUUCAAGUUUUAAUUUCAUUAUUGUGUCAUUUAUAUAUUUAUAUGCCCAACCCACAUGCGUUUACAUGACACCACUGGUUCAUACAAUCCAGGAUUAAUCAGUUUUAAGGUAAAUCUCUGACUUAAAACAAAAAAGAAAAUUAAAUUAAAUACGUUGAGACAUAAAAUACAAAAUAAACAAGUUUGAGCACAUCACAGUCAAACAGUCAGACCAGUUUGGACUCAUUUAGACACCACAUUAUUUGAGGGUUUUGUUGAGCAACUUCAUAAAACAAACAAAUUUCCUCAGGUCAUUAUAUUGUGAGAACUGACCAACCUCAGGAAGAAUCUCAGCUCUUAACUGUGUGAUCAAGGAUCUUUGGCCUUCAGAUGAAUCAGGGCUGCAGAGAACAUUCAUGUUUUUAAGCUUCAACCUUUUAACUUGGCUUUUAAUUGAUAUUUAUUUGUUUUAUCUUCAUUUAUUGUAGUUAGCCUAGGUUUAUUUUAGGUCUGUGUUUUACCCAUAUUUCAGUUUUUACUUGUUUUAAUAAUUUUUAGGACCCCCAGUGUUUCCUCUGAGGGAGCCCUCGGCACUGGAAGCAGUGGUCGCUUAUGGUUGCUUGUGGUUGCAGGGGCCGGCCACGGGGUUCCUGGUGGAGGUUGCUGUCUGACACAUCCCUCCACUGGCCCUGUGUGUCGGUGUCCUGUGGCUGCGGGCGGCUCUCUGCUCCUGGUUCUGACGGCUCCUCUGAUGGUGCCUUCUCAACUGGUUCAUCUGUAUUCAGCCUCAUGUCCAUUCUCUUAGUGUGUGUAUGUGUGGUUGGGGGUGGAGUUUUUUGUUUUUGUUUUUAACUUGACUGUAAAGCAAUUUGAGUCACAUUCCUGUAGGAAAAGCGCUUUAUAGAUGGAGUUUUACUGAUUGAUUGAUUGAAAUGAGAUGUGACUGAUAUUUCAGGGUUAAAAUCCUGCUUUAUUUGCACAUAUGUGCUUAGUUUUGGUUCGGAUGGAAUUUUCUCAAAACUAUUUUGCUUAAAAUGUCUGCAUGCUUAAUAAUCAUGAGAAUACUUUGAUGUUGGUCUUUAUUUUUCAUUUUGGACUGGGUUUUAACCGCACUGCAUUUAAACCAGAUAGGUUACACAUAAACAUGCACCCAGGUGGCAGGUCAAGCUUUUUAAAGAUCAGUGAUUGGCAAGAAAAUUGUGAUCGGUGCACCCCUAGUUACAUGACAUGUAAGGAAUGUAUGUAUGUAUGUAAAUAAGCCAAGGUAGAGACAGUCAAUGUAUGUGACAAAGAAUAUUAUGAGUAACUUUGUGUUUGUUUUUUUUGUUCUGUAGGUAAAUGAGCCCUUAACCAGGGGGAGGCUGACACCACAUGAUGGCAGUGGAGGAACUUAGCUAGAGCUAAGACCAAGCUCUCAUCCUUCUGCUUCAAAAAGAACUUGUACUUAUUUUCAAGUUGCUUGGCAGAAGAGAAGUUUGACAUUUCGACCUGCAAAAGAGAUGCUCUGUGUUUCUGCUUAAACUUGGCCGAAGGGCAACAAUGACUGAUUAAUUUCUUCAUGGACAAGGGAAAGUUCUCUGACACAAUGUUCAGGCAAGGGGAUGCACAACCUAAAAGACGGCCCUCUGCUGGUUUCAACCAACCUCUAUCGCCCUCCUCUACCCAGCAAGGUCGUAUCCGGGCUGUGGAAGUGGCGAGAGGAAGAACGGGGUAUGGCUUUACACUCUCAGGCCAAAGUCCAUGUGUUCUCAGCUGUAUCCUGAAAGGGAGUCCUGCAGAGUACGUAGGUUUGCAUUCAGGAGAUUACAUUCUCUCUGUCAAUGACAUCAACGUCUCCAAGGCAUCCCAUGAAGAUGUAGUCAAGCUGAUUGGACGCUGCUCUGGCGUCUUGAAACUUGUCAUAGCUGAAACAGAGCGUCACAGGCGGCACCAUCACCACCAACGCUCUACCGGUCGUCACAGCGCUAGUAAUGUUACAACAGCAUCUUACCUUGACUCCUGCUCUAGUGACGAUGAGUUGGAUGGUUUCUAUGACAACGGCGUUAACAACAACAAUAACAGCAGGUCAGGCUGUGGAGCCCGUGGAGGCUGGUAUAAACCCAAAUUGGAUUCCAAACAGCUCGGCAUCAACAGAGCAGAGAAAGUUGUGGCAGAGCUGCAGUCAGGAGGAAUUUUUAACAUGAUCUUUGAAAACUCCAGCCACUCCUCCGGCAGCUCAGACAAGGAGAGAUCUGGGGCGAGCACGUCAUCAAAGCCACGGCCACUGUCUGAUCCAGAGUUCCCUCCAUAUCACAACUCAACCCAUUUCCAGAGCAACCCCAACCUGCUCUCUGAAGAGGAAAUGGCUCAAGUUCUGAACGAUGAUUCAGUAUUUCUGGACUCAGACUUUCGUCAGCUUCACCUUCACCAACAUGAAGAACAAGACUUGGAUGUGGGAGAUGGGGGUGACUUGGUCUUGGAGCCCAGCGAGGGCAUCCUAAAUGUGGGCAUGAUUGUCGGCUACCUAGGCUCCAUUGAGCUGGCUUCUACAGGGAUGAGUUUAGAGAACGACAGCCUCCAAGCGAUCAGAUGCAGCAUGAGGCGACUUCGGGCCGAGCAAAAGAUCCAUUCACUGGUUCUUAUGAAGGUAUGGCAAAAUGUUUCAUCUAAAGAGAAUAUUGUAUUAUUGGUUUACUCUGAAUAUCUAACCUUACUGAAAGUCUACUAACUUGAUGUGAUUGAUCACAAGCUCGACAAAAUGUUAGGACUUGAUCAGCGUUGGUUUAUUCACACUGAAAGUUCUGAAAAAAGGACAAUGAUCAUAAGUUACUUAAUUUUGACAGUUUAAAAACAGUGUUCCUUAUUUUCCUUUACUGCAGUUUAAUUUACAGAGACCAAAGUUUUCAAAUCUGAUCAAGUAUUGAUGAAAGUUGCAAGAAGAAAAUCAUCAAAUUUUACAAGCACAGAACAUGCUGUAGGUGUAUGGCCAUCUGCCGCGACCGGGGCUCAUAAAAAAGAGGUUGAAGUCAGGCAUAUAAACAAACUGGCUGACAAAGAUGCAUGGCAGCAUAAAUCUGAAUAACUAUGAUGAUAACAGCAAGUAAAGUUUGAGAAAUUAUUGCAUCGAUAACAACUGUGAAGUUAUAAGAAAUGUGAUUCUGAGCUCCAAUAAGAGACUUUGCCACUAAUGAAAGUUUUAAAGCUAACUCUCGAAAGUUAAAAGUUUUUAUUGUUCUUGUGUUAUACUACAUUGUGCUUUGUUAUCUGUUUCAACUCUGUCCCACCAGGUCAUGCAUGACAGUGUGUGUCUGUGCAGCGAAAGGGGUCAAGUUCUGGCCACCUAUCCCGCAGAGAAACUCGCUUUCAGUGCCUGCUGUCCCGACGACCGCAGAUUCUUUGGACUGGUCACGAUGCAGGCCACUGAUGACCAGGAGGAUUGUUACUUUAGAAACGGACGAGACGAAGAGGGGAGUUUGAGGACUUCCUGCCACGUGUUCAUUGUGGAUCCGGACCUCUGCCACCAUCAGGUAUGAUCACAGAGACAGUGAAGAGAUGUGUUAAAGGAGACGACUUCCCUUUAUUUAAACCACGCCUGAAUAAUUUAUACAGAAAUAGACAGGAUAGAAGAGUCACCUCCUGUGACAGUAUUCAGUUAGAUAAGACAUACUUUAUUAUCUUUGAGGGGGAAAAGAUGUUUUACAGAAAAACAAACAUAUCUUGAAAAGUUAGGGCUGGGCGAUAAACUGAAAAUUUACAGAUACAGAAAUUUACGACAAUAACCAAAGUAAUUUUGCCCAUAUCAAAAUAUUCGGUGUCAAAAAAUAAAUUAAUAAAAGUUAGUUUUAGGAUGUGUGUAGGUAGGCUACGGUCUCAUGUCCCUUUUAAGACGCUGUCCUACGUCAGAGACUUGACUCCAUCCAGUCCGUAACAAAAAGGGAAAGACAGGUGAGGAGAUGGAGGAUGGAUCAAAAGUUGUAGCGACUGAAGUAGACGAAGUUAAUGUGGGAGGGGGUGAGCAGCUUGUGGAGUAGUUAUCGUCCAUUUAUGAUUAUGGAGGUGAACUGCUCAAUAUAUCAUGACAUAUGAGGCAACAUCGCCCGGCCCUAGUAAAACUAAUCCUUAUUUUUUGUGCAAAUCUUUCCAUUGAGUUACAAAUAAUAAACCUAAUUAAAUAUAUUCCCUUACAAUUAAACAAUUCAGAAAUAUCAAUCACUGUGAAUGUUGUUUUUUUAGGUCCAUUUUGGAGUAGCAAGGAGGUUUGGCUUUGAGUGCACUCCCGACCCGGACACAGGAGGCUGCCUCGAAUUCCCGCCCAGCUCUCAGCCUCUCCUCCAGUUUGUCUCAGUCCUCUACCGAGACAUGGGAGACAACAUUGAGGGGGUCCGGGCUCGAGCAUUCAAUGACCCUGACAAUGACGCUCAGCAGAACCACAGCACCAGCAGCAACAGUGACAGCGGCAUCUGUAACUUUUUACCAGAGGAGAAGAGCAACAGAGUACUCUUAGUGGACCUCGGAGGUCCACCGAACCACAACCACCUCUCUGGGAUACGCCACUGGGACAGUCCACCUUCGCCGCAGCAGGCCUGGAGCCCCACGCUCGGAGCUGCAGCUGCACCUCCACCUCCUCCGCCUGCUCUCAGGAAUGGCCACUACCGUCAUGAACCACACCUGGCUGACAUCCCUCACCCUCUCCCCUUGGCUCACCCUGAUGUCCCUGGCAGACUCUCUCGAGGGGUCCACCCACACCACGUCUCACAAGGGAAGCGGGGAGGAGCUGUGGUGGGAGGAGACAAAAGAGGGGCUGGAGGAGUAGGAGUGGACCAGCAGAGGUGGUUGCCUGUCCAUGUGCUGAGAGACUGGCGUCAGCAGCACCACCACAGCCACCUUCAGGGCGUAAGCAGUGAUCAGGAGUCCUACGCAGAAUCCACGGACGGGUGGUCCUCAGCCAACUGCAGCACCCUGCCCCCACCUAUGAGCAAGAUUCCGGCCGACCGCUACAGGGCCCCACUGGCCCCCGGGGACCACCUGCCACCACCUGGAGGGAGUCAGCCUCAUGCUCCCCCGCAUACUCACUCCCACACCCACCGACUAACUGCUCAGAAAGAUGAGUGGGCUAAGAAGCUGUUUGGUGGAGGGGACAGAGAAAGAGCCGGAGCUGAAAGAAGUGAGAAGGAGAAGAAACGUGGGCAUGUGAAGGACGGAGAAAAAAAGGUUUGUUCAACUCAGAUUUUUAUCAGUCCGAAUUCUUUUUUUUUCUCUUCUUAUCAAUUUAAAUAUCAACAUUUUUCUUAAAGAGAAUUUAACCCAAGAGAUAGUCCUGUUGGCUUAAGUGAUACUCUGCACAGUAAAGUUUAUACCUCCUUAGCUUUUUGGCAGCCAGCUUUUGGGAGAGUUGUGUUAAAAGUGACCAUGAAAUGAGAAGCCUGGGCAGAGAGUGGUAUCCCAUCACACACCCCUGCUGUGGAAAUUUUCCUUUGACCAGAGUGUGUUGAAGACGGCAGUUUAUUGAGGCCAUAAAUCCCUCUGUGUUCAUGCUCAUGCUCACCACCGUAUUUUCAGCUUCUUCUUGCCAGUGCCUAGCGUUGAACUCCUCUCACACAGAUGUGAAAUUUUCCAGCGGUUUUGAAAGGUGCGAUGAACUUUAUUCACCUCACCAAACAUUCCUGUUUUGUACUGAAUAGUGGGGGCGCCGUUGUUGACUGUUCUCCCUAGACUCUCAGAACAAGUGAAUGGAUAAGUUAUUUAUCCCCACUGCUCCAAUAUCAGAUCAUGUAUUAUGCAGCAGCUUUGCAUCUGCCUUCACCUGAAAACCACCUGUUUUCCCAUGUAAGAAGACUCAGGGCAACACUAGACUCGACUUCUUUGCCAUGAUAAUUAGAUUAAUAUAUUUCCUUUGUGUAUUUAUCAUUGCACUCUUGACUUAAUUUGACUGUUAAGAGAUAGAAAUGUAAAGCAGAGUAAAAGACGCGACUGCACACUUUCUAGAUGAAUUCACUGGAGAUAGACCCUUGUUAAUUGGUGCUGAAUGAGGUUGGUGCUUCCCCCAGGAAAACUCACGGCAGACAGGAUCUAAGGGACAUCCAGGGGGACAAUGAGAGGAAAUGUGUACAGGGCCAGGGCCAGGAUAAAUGCUGAUAGUAAGCGGAAGUUUGAUGUCAAUACCUAUAAAUAAUGUCGACUAGUUGGAGCUUUUUGUGGCUCAGAGGUGUAACCACCAUGGUAAAGGUCAUUUAUAAGGGUCAGAUAAAAUGAUGAUUUUGUUGAGGUGAAUUAAGCACACAAUUUACACAUCUUUUAGCACAAAUGUAAGAUUAAGAAAGUAAAGAAACAAACUUCAUCAGGUAAUAAGUUCAUCAUUAACAACUAACCUAGUAUCUCUUUGUGCGUAUCCUGUUUUAUCUUUGAUUGACUUCAAGUGUCUGCCACAUGGUGGCACUGUUUCACUAUCUAAACCAGCAGCCCUCCAGAAGCCGGCUGCACCUCCUGCACGAACAUUUUGAAAUCUGUUGGUAGCUGAAGUCAGUCUGUCUACAGCAUUUACGUACAGAUCUAAUAUUUUAGAUUUCAGUGAUAAAUUACUAAUGAAGUUGUAUUGAAAUAUUAAAUCACAACAUAAAUCAAAGAGGUCACGAUUCAAUCUCUUAUUUGAACAGAAAGGAUGCCUCUUUUCCUCAAUGUGUGCAUGUGUGCGUUUGACAGUGUUCACAGCAUGUCUGAGAAAAAAGAGCACAAGUUCAGAUGCACAGAGAAAGCUUCUGUUUUUCCUGCUAAAAUAUGAUCUUCUUGCACCUCAGAGAGCGAUCAGCACUGAUCAUUUCUAUUUAAAUCCAGAUCUUAACCUCAUGCUUGUCUGCUUCAAAAGUACAUAGGUAAAACCGGUCAUGUGUGAAUGUUUGUGAUGCAAACACAUGUAAUCCAGUAUUUGAGUUAGUUUUAGCUGACACACGCACACACAUACACAUACUCACACACUCAGUCACAAGGCCUCUCAUUGGUAUCCAGGCAACAUCGCUGGUCAACCCCUGAUGAAAUGCCGACAAGUCCUGUUCUUAAUCAGCUAAUCAGAUUCAACACGUGUAACAGUUUGCCCUCUAGAGCCUGACAGCAUUGAUAAAUUAGUCAUUAGUGUCCUGGAGUUUGCUGAUUCUUACUCAGUCGUUUUGUAAAAGGAAAUAUUUGUAGGGCUGUAAUCAAGAGAAGAAAGUCUUGGUCGACUAAAACCCUGAAAUUUUCAACCAAAAAUCUACUAAUGAAGGUGGGAGGACUUUUCCGACUGACAGCAAACCUUCAUGCGGUGGAGGAAAAUAUACUGACAUCAGCACAAGAAGGCAAUUAAACACAAAAGGCAAACUGAAAUGCUCAAAAUGAAAAUAAAUAUUCAGCAAACCACCAGACUGUGAUUAACAUGGACGUUCUUCAAUCUAGUGUUGUGUCGUUUGCGAAUGAUCCGUUCAAAAGAAUGAAUCUUCUAAGUGAACAUACUGAACCGAAUCACUUUCUCCAGUGAUUUGUUCAUUUCUCAGCUCAGUUGAGCUGUCAGCAGGAAUUGCAGCAUUGCUAGGCGAGCCGCUGCAGGUAGGGAGGGAGGGAAGGACAGCGCAUGCAGCCACAACACUCUCGUCUCCUGGGCCCAGAAGCCCUGAACUGAACUGAAACCUGAACCAUUCAGCUGUGUAUGAGUUUAGGAAGUUGGAGUCGCAGGCCUCUACUGCCAAGCAUUGAAUGAUUCAGUGAUUGGGUGAACGAAUCUUUUGAACGAAUCUUUUCUGUGAAUUUAUCCUAGUGAUUCAGUACGUCUAAAAGAACUGUCGUGCCCGUCACUAUUUCAAUCUUCCUGUCUGGGGGGGGGUGUUCUGAGACAGGCUGUUACCUGUGAAACGGGGGUGCUCUGAGAACACCCCCAUUAACACUUGAUAUGUUCAUCCUGAUGAAAUAAACCACAGACUGUAAAUUGACGCAGAAAAAAAUCAAGUCGACCAAUCAGAAUUUUAGUUGACUCAGCACAUUUCGACCAAUAAGACAACAAUUAGGACUUUACAGCCCUAGAAAUCUGCCUACCAUCACUGUGAGAGAAGCAGAAAAAAAUCUGAAUCUUUGAAAAAAAUAGAGUUACAUUCUGUUAAAUGGAGACAGUCUACUUGUAUGAUUGGAAAUACAGAGUCGCAGCUCAAGUCCCGGGUUGUCCUCCUUUUUGGUGUGAUGUUUGGCCCAUAUCACACUCUGUAAGUCUUGUGCUACAGUGUAUGACUGACACUAAGUUAUUAGAGUUAGCAGCUCUCAUCUGAAGCAUACUCCACAAUACCUUAUGCGAAGAUGAAAUAGUUAUUACAAUGUCAGUCCUGUUUGUGCUCUGUGCUAUAGUUGUGGUUGAGUGUUAGACUACAGGGUGACCUACUGCUACAGGCAAAGUCACAAGGCUGUACAUGCCUUUAGAAUGAAAGAUUUACUGUAUGUGAAGGCCAUGCAGACACAAGAAUUAAUACUCCAUUUUCUAACACAGCUGCCCUGCUAAAUAGGCAGAUUACACACUCUGGUCACAGGGUGUUUUAAAAAACUUGAACACAUUUUCGAACUGAAACAUCUAAAAGUCAACAGAUCCCUCUGAUUGUAAGGUUGAAAUGGUUUAGGAAUCUGAGAUUUUAUCGAUCAAGAAUUCUGUGAUGAAGCUUGUGUUGUAAAAAGUCAGAAUUUGGUGCUUCUUUGUCUUUACCCUCGUAUUUGAGCAUUAGAUCUUAAAGAGAAGUAAAGGAAAUGCUUCAUUUGUCAAUGUGGGACUCUCAGGAGGUUAAAAUACGUCAACAACCUUGUUCACACUUCAAAUUAGGAUAUCAAGUUUGACACCGGCUUUCCUCCCUGUUCGUACUGCCAUCCUCUGCUUGUCAUGCCCUGUGAUCUGAACAUAUAUCAUAUUUUUCUUUUCUUAGGGUGGUCGGUUUCGUGGUCUGACCAUGGGUUUCCCUCCACUUCCUCAGCGCUCAUCAGCCAGACGCUCAUUUGGACGCUCCAAACGUCUCAGCCUAGCUCGCUCCCUGGAUGACCUGGAGGUAGGAGUAUGCAGAUGAACACACAGUAACACACAAACCAACACACAGUAACACAUGAUUGAUUGUACUGUGUGUGUAUAGACAGUACCUGAUUCUCUCCUCCGACCUGUGGCAUUGAGUGUUAUUUCAGUAUUCGAGCUCACUCUGACCACCGUGUUAUUGUCACAUUUAAGCUACACGUGCACCGCUUUCUAAUAAUAGCAGCUUGUGUGCAUCAUACAUCCUCACGUGACACGUCGAGCCCUCUUCUCACAUCACCUUGGCAACAUACACAAAGUGGUGGUCACAGCCGGUGUAUAGAAACAGCCAAUAGACAUACCAGGUCGAUAUUUAUGCCAUACUGUCUGAAAUAUGAGGAUUACUUGACAUAAACUGAAGUAAGCGAUUUAUUUAUGCUUCUAUUUACCUGUGGAUGCAUUCAAGUAUAUAUAUAGUGCACUUAAUGGGCAUUUCCUGAUGCAAGUAUUGUUCUUUUGCUCGUCUAUUGGCUGCAAGAAAUAACCCAGAAUCGAGUCAGAUGAUGCACAUGAGUUUUGCUGAACAAUGCGCCUAUUUAGUUUUAUUUUACAGUAUUUUCUCUCUGCAGCUGCUGUACUUGUACUCAGGCAAGGAAAACACAAUUGAAUGUCAUUAUUCCUACAAUGACGGAUACCUUGAAGCAGGGCCUAGUUUUGCAGGUUAUAGUCUUCAUAUUAUAUCCACAUAUUAUUACAUGUAGUUUCAUCUUUUCAGCUUAUAUUGUGAGCUUUGAGUUUAGAAAACAAAGUUGCAUCUUUAAAAUAUGUUUUAAGAGAAACCGAAAGUGCGACAUACUGAGUAUUAUUAUCGUCAGUGCCUAUGCGUGUGUGUAUUUUUAGCUACAUAUAUAAGAUAUUUGGUUAGGCUGUAGGGAUGGGUGAUAAAUUAUUGUUCACGAUAUAUCAUCAGAAAAUUCAUGAUAACUAUUUGCCAUCUCAUGAUAAAUACGAUAAAUGUAAGUUGAUGACAUAAGCGCAAGCGAUGGACUCGCAGCCAUACCGCAUACAGAGCAGAAUAACAAACAAACAUGGCCGAAGGUGAUGAAGAAGACGUUUCUAAGCAGCUCGUUACUGAACGAAAUUCCACAUGAGGGAUUUCCUUCGAGAUUGGGGUUCAGAUGAACGUAAUCAGGUUUGAUGUCAUCAGUUUUCUCCAUAACCUACCACUCAAAUUUGUGGUUAAGUAUCUUAUUUGACUACUCCAACUAGUGUUCUCAAGACAAAAUGAGUCAAAAAUAUAAAUUAGAAUAAUAUUUUUUAUCGGGACUUUUAUCGUUGUCACCAGAAUGACGAAUCUUAUCAUGAUACAUCUUUUAGCCUAUAUCGCCCAUCCCUAUUAGGCUGUGUUUAUUUCAGUGUUGUACUCUCAUUCUUGUUAGUUGCACAGUAAGUACAGAAUAUAUUGCAAAAUACAUGUUUCUUGUAGAGUUAUUAUUAAUUUUCUCACAAUUGGUCUUGAUACAUGAAAGUUGAUUUAAUAUGAAGCGGUGGAUUGUGUCUGUCCCUUUGCGACACUGCUCCAUUGCAGCGUUUUCUCUCCCUCGUCUUCUCUCCUCUCUCCUCUCCCCCCCGCUAUUCUACCUUUUUCUUCCGGUCGUUAGGCCUUUUUCUUUUUCUGCACAUGCAGUAAUGUCCACAAACAGAGAGGUCUUUGUGUGGUGAGGGUGAGAGGGGGGAAGGACAGAGAUUAGAAUAUGUGUGUGUGUGUGUGUGUGUGUGUGUGUGUGUGUGUGUGUGUUUGUGUGAGUGUGUGUGUGUGCAGAAGAUUCGGGGGGUAGGGUUUGAAGUGUUAGCCUGCACUUCUAAUGAGCUCUGACGACUAGCAAGCUGACAUUCCCCUCGUUAGCAGGGCCCCACUAAAGCACUUACAGUACCUAGACACACAGCAGAUACUCGCAUACAAACACAUAUGUGGGUCAUUCUUUAACCAACAAGGAUGUCUGAAUCACCUUUAUUCAAAUCUGCCAUCACUGUGUCCUUGUCGGGUACUUGUAUUUGCCUAGAUGACAGAGCUUGUUUUGUUUACCAAAAAACCUAAAAAUGACGUCAGGCUCAGUCCGUGUCACUUAAAAUGAGUUUUACAGGCUCUGCUGUUUCAUGAAGCUGGUGAUCCUGCAUGGUUAGACUCUGGUGUGUAGGGCGCUGAGGCUCAGCAGUUAUAUGGAAAAAAACAUGAAAGCCCAGAGAGCCUGAUGUCAAACUAACAGCAGUUACAUCAUGUUUGAAAUCACCUCGUAAAUAGUCACAAACCUCUCUUUAACGGCUUUGAUGGGGCAGUGUUUACUGAGAAAGUAGGACAUACCGUAGAUCCAAGAGACAGCAGAGACCCGCGCUCUCCGCCACAAAGAUGGUCUGUUUGAGCAAAGCGAUAAAUUCAACAUCUUCUCUGUAAUCUUUUGGGCCUUUCUGCUCUCCCUCGUAAAGCCACAGUUGGCCGCUUUGGCACAGCAUCCUGUCCUCUGUUGAUAUAAUGAGUCACGUAGAUGCUUCGUUUUUAGAUGUCAUACCAAGUCGGUGGCAUCGAACGCGGCUCGACUGCUUCUGAUGGACUCUUUGGGAUUUCUAUUUUAAAUACUUCCACACUACUGAUAGUCAAACUACGGGAUUGCUGUAGCGACUGUAACAGACUGUUCUAUGUUUGCUGUUUUCAUCUUCUACACCACAUAUCCCAUGAGAGUUAGCGUUAGCUGCUGUAAAGCGAUUGUUGUUGCUGCAAUCUGUCUAGUUCAGGCUGUGGCCAGAGCCCCACAUUAACGUCAAUGUUAUUUAAUUUUGAAGUAUUUACAGUUAGUUAGAAAAUAAUAAUCUGAAUGCUCCUUCACACUAAGUUAUUUGGCGUUUUCUGCUUUUGGCAUUAAAAGAGACAUAAUUUUUCUCGUGAUGAGGGAUGAUAACUAAAAUAUAGAUGUUUUGACUCGCUAAGAAUCAAAACAAGAGUAUCUACCCAGUUUAUCACAAAAAGCUAAUUGAUUAAGAGAUAAAAUGUUCGCUUCUUCCCCCUUCAGACACAAACAAAGUCUGUGUUUGCGUUGUAUUGGGGGAUUGUGGGGACUCUCAAGUGAUCUUACACGCUAACACGCACCAAAGUCCUAACCUCGAGGCUUUCAAACAAUCUGCGCUGCAUCUUGAGGUCAGUUUAUCUCCAAGAGGUUUCUGAACUUUCAGAAAAGAUUUGUUUAAUGUUCUGUAAAAAAGUAAACCAAGGACGUCAUCGCAAAACAGCGAGGAUUUCUCUCUCUUUGGGAUGGAGGAACCAAGAGAGAGGGCGAUUUUCCAGAUGUAGUCACCGUAACUUUGACAUUUACUGAUCUUUGUGGUGACUUUUUUCUCCCAAUAGAGGGGUUUGUUUCAAAGCUGUUAUGCCACAGUGAACUUUUUUUACACACUGCCUCUAUCUUUGCUCUAAGCAGUGCUGGAGUCGGCUCCAGCGUAACAGAAAAGUAACAAAGCUUUUGCUGUAGCCCCUAAAAAACAGUAUCAAAAUGGUCAAUUACUUGAUAAUUCAAAACUUUCUAUCUCAUAAUUUUUAAAACCGUACAUUAGGGCUGGGCGAUAAACUGAAAUUUAUGACAUUAACCGUCAUUUUUCCCAUAUUGGAAUAUUUGGUGUCAAAUAAAUAAAUAAACAAAAGUUGGUUUUUGGAUGUGUGUAGGUGGGCUAUGGUCUCAUGUCCCUUUAAGAUGCUGUCCUAUGUCAGAGACGUGACUCCACCCCAUCCAGUCAGUAACAAAGGGGGAAAGACAGGUAAGGAGAUGGAGGACAGUUCAAAAGUUGUAGCGGCUGGAGCGGCGUCUGAAGUAGACAAAGUUAAUGUGGGAGGGGGUGAGCAGCUUGUGUAAUAGUUAUCGUCCAUUUAUGGUUAUCAAGGUGAACUGCUCAAUAUAUCGGUUAUUGAUGUAAAUUUUGAUACUGGUAAAUUUUCAGUUUAUCGCCCAGCCCUACAGCCACAACCUGCAAACGUUUGACAAGGAGCCUCACAGCACUGACACCAACUGACCACAAGUGAACGACCACAACCACAUUAUGACAAGAGAUAAUGACAACAGAGAUAUUUCUAUUCGUCCAGAAGUUCAUUUAUUGCAGAUCGUUUGAUUUUAUGAAGUAUCAAAUCUCGGUGUUGCGUCAUCCUUCAGCACAUAAAACACACACAAGCUUUUUUCGGACUCACAUUCCUGGAAGACAAACUGGGGUCCUCUUGACGUUGAAUAAGUUGCCUCUCAUCUGUGAAAUGCUCUCUUUGCUAUUUAUCAUCACUGAGUGUGAGUUUGGCAGGUCUCCUCUCAACCCCAACACCAGAGGGGUUGCAGGGGUGAGCACCUCCCUUGUGUGUGUGUCGAGGCAUGCUCAGAAAUGCAGCCUCUUCUCAGUUCAGCUGUACACAGCCUAAUCCUUUUUUUAUUGAAAUCAUCAGAUGUCUGUUUUCUUGACAUAUCCUUUUCUCAUCUCGUUACCCUCUCACAAAACUAUCGUGAAUCUCAUGAUCCUGUCAUGCAGAUGAGCACUCGGGGUGAUCCAUUCAACUUAGUGCCGGUUUUAUUUGUGGUCGUGUUUUCCUUAAUGACAAGGGGUCUCCCCUUUACAGCCGUGCCACCGCAUUUGUCGAAGUGUUUGUAUAGCCUGUCUCUCAGCCCACAGCAGUGUGGGUGGAAUAGAAAUUAUUGAAGGGUGGGUGGGAAAGCAGAGAAAAAGGAGGAGGGGGGAGGACAGAGAGGCAGGGUGAGGGAGGCAAAAUAGGAGGAGGAGGAGGAGGAGGAGGAUGGGGAAUGACAGCGAGAGGGAAGAGGAAUCUAGCGGCAGUCACAUUGUCAGGGUUUGGACAUUUGAAAGCCAUCAAGUUUUGCUGCUUUGACGUUCUGUGAGCGCAGACACACACACACACUCACUCACGCACACAUACACACACACUCAGACACUCACCAGCUGAUGGCUGAGGGAAGGUCUCUCAUGCAGUGCUGAGGAUUACUCGUCUCUUUCUCCAUGGAGCAGCAAACUUUGACUGUGGAUUCUCUAACAGCAGUGAGUAUUGAGCUGUGGAUGAACUUCUGAUCGGUGUAUUUCCAUGUUAUGAUGUUUGAUUUUAUUUGUCACUUAUUUCAUCUCUUAGAAGAUUGCUUUGGAUUGAUCAAACAUAACACGUAGGCUAUAUUAUAGGAUCAUGAAAGCACUGAAGAAGUGGAUGUUUUAGUCGUAUCUUCCUAAUGGAUGUCUUUAUUAGUUUGUAGCCUUUAUGUUUAUAUAUUUUUUUAGACAAACUAAUUUAACAUCGUACUUUUCCUGUCCUUCUCUGAUUUGAAUUUUGAUUCAGUUUGAGCUCUUUCUUUGUUGCUGGUGUAAAAAAUUGAGUUAAAACAUAUGAAUUAAAACUUGAGUUGGCAGGUUUUUCUAUGACAUGACAGAUCAUGUGACCGACACAGUCCAAUCAUCAGGGGUUUUCUGGCUCUGUUUAGUUACAGGGGAAACCUGUUGAUUCUUUUGUUUUGAACGUAUUAAUGCGCUCUUUGUUUUAUUCUGGAGUCAGCUGUCAGUUCAAGGUCAUGGUUUCCACUUAAUUGUACUUGCAUGGUGUGUGUGUGUGUGUGUGUGUGUGUGUGUGUGUGUGUGUGUGUGUGUGUGUGUGUGUGUGUGUGUGUGUGUGUGUUAAGUGAGUGGGUCUUGACACUUUGGUGAAAAGUAGCACAGUACAUUAUACCACUAAACACAGCAGUGAGGAAAGAGAGGACUGCAGGCCCUCUGACCUUCUGACACACACACACAAACACACACCGACACACACUAACAAAAACAACAAGGCUUCAUGGAGAAAUACCUUCAUACACACAAACAUGUACACUUAGAUAAUAUCCUGUAUUCACAUCUUUCUUUGGUGUGUGUGUGUGUAUUCUCUAUGAAUGAGGGAAUGUGUGUUUGUUUGCCCCGUGAUAUCCCCUGGGCUGACAGUGUUGAUAGAGGAAAAUCAGAUGAUAACAGAGGAUCACACUUUCUCUUGUACAUGAAACAUCUCAGGAGGCCUGGAGUCACAUCAGCUGUAGCUGCAUUUUCAGGAAAAAAAGAUAAAGAUACAGUGCCCAGUAGAAGUCAGUACACCCUCUGUUAAAAGUAACGUAUUACUCAAUAUCUCGAUGAGCAAAAGUACAAUUUCAGAAGUUUUGACAAAGCUGAGUUUAGCAUAACAUUUUAUUUACCAUAAGAUAAAAAUAAGGGUGAUAUGGUAACUAAAAUGUAGCUUUGAUUGGGGUGUACUCAUUUUUUUUAAUUUGGAUUUCAAACAGACAUAAAAAAAAAAUACUUUUUUGUAUGCAACUUAAAGAUCUUGUUUGCAAUCAGUGGCCUACAUUUGAGGGAGUAUGUUGUUGUAUAGUCGGACAUAGAAAACGUUGAUUUUUGUUGAAACUAAAGGUUUUCUGACAACUCUAAAGGGAUGUACUCAUUUAUGCUGAGCACUGUAUAUAUUUCUGGUGCAUCCUUACUCUGAGGAGGCAGGACGGUGGAUAGAGACGAUAGAUGGAGUAAAGAAGAAGUGCUGGAUAUGGGGGCUGCAGGUUACAAUCAUACCUUGGCUGCCUACUACACAACUUUAUUUUACAUCUUUGCAUCCAUACAUGAGGGUGCCCAGCUUCACCACCACCAAAUAAAUGUUUAUAUUUUUCAUAUUAUAUUUAUUAUCCAUUGAAAAAACAAUCUAACAGCAUCAUGUGAUGAGUCCAGUGCAGGACUGCGGACGCACUCAAAGUUAUUUCUGAUGCAGAGGGCAGCACAUGUUAGCACACCAAGUGAAACCACAGAUUGGUACAAUCAGGAUCUGGUCUCAUAAUGCUCGUGCUUCCCUAUAAUAGCUGUAAUCAUAAAUAUUCCGUUGGAACCAGUGAUUAGGCUGAUUAGCUAUAAGUGAUUAUUAAUUCACAGGCUUGUGUUGUGGUACAGUAGGAGUGAUAGAACUGCAUCAGUAUGUACCUUAUCAGUGUCAUGACAGCAGAGGGCGGUGUUGAUCACUUUUUAUGUUUGCAAGGUGAAAAGAGAAUCAGAGAGGUGAUGAACUCAUUAUGGUUUUAGAGUGGGUUCAUUUUGAUGAUCCUGUCACUUAACUGUAAGUCGGACAUUUAUAGAUAACACAAUAUCACUGAAUGUUUUCACAUUUGCUUCAGGCUCAGUGAUAUGUUGUGACAAACUUCUCCUCCCUCAUUACCAGAAUUUUAAAGCUGAAAAAAUUACAAUGUUCUGCUUUACAAAGAAGCUGAACCAGGUGUAUAAAAUUUCACAGCGUCACCCUGAGGUAGAAUAUAUUUUAUUUCAUUUUAAUUAAUUAUUAUUAUUGCAGUUAUCUUAAAAUAAUACAGUACAUGGAGCCUCAGUAAAGUUUAAACCAGUUUAGCUUCAUCAGAAACUUAAUUUCUCUGAAUUUUAUUCCCACUUUUUCACUAACCCAAACUCUUGCCCCUAAAUAUAAGCAGCAGUUUUCUACGGUGCAUUAUGUUGGUUAAAUGUUCAGAAACACCUCUAUGAUAUAACCUGCAGCUCAACCUUCGUCUGUGCUCUUUUUUUCUGCCUUUUCAAUACUAAAAUCCUGUAUUCAAAGUUUAACCGCUGUGGCUUUACUGAGUGAAAAUAAGGCAGACUCGAUUUUAAGCACUUGAGCAUGAAGAACUUUGGCCGUGAUUUCAGCCUUCAGCCUCAGUGUAUCCGUGUAUCAGUUUAAUGCUCAUAGUGCUGGAGCUCUUCAGAGUCACUUCAGUGUAGGGGUGGGGAAAAAAAUGAUACAGCAUAGUAUCAUGAUAUUUUGUAUGGUGAUAUAUUGUAUCGUCACAUUUACCAAGUAAUGUGAAGUCAGAGGGGACAUCAUAGAGCUGGAGAAAGUUAGUGCAACAAAUAUAGCAGCACUUGAGGAAAGACAUUAGGAAUGCAAAUGGGGUGCAAAUGAGAUGGACCUGACACAUAAAGUUUGCAAGAUGUGCUACAUGAAAAUAAAAUACUGUGUAAAUAAGACAAACAUAAAAGAAAGACAAAUGCUAAAUUAGCUGAACUGUUUAAAAAAAGUUUAAAUCGCAAUUGUGUCACAAUACUCACUGUAUUGCAAAAUGUUAAAAAUCCCAAUAAUAUUGUAUCGUGGCCUAAGUAUCGUGAUAAUAUUGUGGGGCCACUGGUGAUUCCCACCCCUACUACAGUUUGGGAUUGAGUUCAGUAAACAUCAACUUUUAUAGAAGAUUUGCUUGAGCCUCAAAGUGACAUAUGUGGUGCUGAAGAGAGUGCAAAAUUAUCUUGAGACGAACUAUUUUUAUUAGAAAUUAUUCAAAUCAAUAUCUCAUAAAUCUCUCUUGAAGCGUUUGGAAAUACGGUUUAGCUGUUUGCCGUUUUCAAUCCUAUGGUGUGAGUCUCACAAUAAACACAGACAAAUACAUAUUUUUGAUAACUGGACUGUAAUAUAUGCAGUUAAAAUGUUUAGAUAAAUCAUGGCUAUAGAGCAUGGUCAUACAAAACAAACAAACAACAAAAACUACUACUACUCCUGAGACACUGCAGGCAGAGGUGAGGUCUUUGCUGCAGCAUGAUUGGCAGACUUCACUUUGUUCCCACCCCUGAGUGACUGCUGCCUGAUGGGGGCGUGUCACUAUGGAAACUCAGACCUGUAAAUGAAACUUCCUCGUCAUUCUGUCAGCCAACUGUGUGGAGGAGGAUGUGAAGGAGAGGGAAAGGUAAAUUUUGUUUAAGUUAGAAAUAGUAUUUUCAAACCUGCGUACAGUGAAUGCACUCAAUGUAGCAUUAACAAAUAGGGCCAGUUCAUAACUGUGUGUGUGGGCGUGCACGUGCAUGUGUGUAUGUGAAUGAGGGAGAGAGAGAGAGAGAGAGAGAGGUAGGCAUGCUGAGGCAUGGCUCCAUCCAAGUCAGCUGUCUACAUGUAUUUCCUGCCAUAGAUAGGUCCUGGUGAAGUACAGUCAGCAUCAGCAGGCGUGUGUGUUUGCAUGUGCGCUUCUGAGGUUCAGAUAUGUAGAUCGAGCAGACAGUGGGUCUUCUCCUGUGCCAGAGGAGAACAGGAUGAGCCUGAGGAAGAGGCUCUCAUUCAAGCGGGUCUGGAACUUCAAUACAGUAAGUAGUGUGUGAACAUGUACUUAAAAUGCUGAAAAGUUGCCUGCCUGAGAGAGUGCACAACUUCUUUUUUUGCAGUGGAAGGAAUUUAAUGUAGGAAAGGACUAUUUCAUCAUUUGUUCAACUCAACCAUCUCUGGAUACACAGUUUUCUAACUUUCUGCAAUAUUUCAGUCUGAGUGCAACGAGUGGAAAAAGUUCCACAUCAAACAUUUUUAAUCAUUUGCAUAAAUUUUACUCUCAGAUGUUUGGAUCCUUUCAUUGGCUUCCCUUCUGUUUUGUUUAUUUCAAUACAAAAGUCGGUGACGAAUGGAAUGAGGAAGAGGCAGAGAAGCGGGGAGUGAGAAAUGUCAUCUACUGUCUUUCGGUACAAGCAAAAGUACACAGUGGUAUGUUCGGUGAAAGUCAGUGUAGCAGGUUUAGUUUGAGCGAAGAGGGGAAUAUUUCCCAAAGCAAAGUACACAGAGAGAAAAAAAAAAGGAUCCGUUACCUUCAGAGUGGGAAAACACUUACGUAGGAGGACAAGUUUACAGAGAGUUGGGAGAAGACAAAAUAAAGGAGGGAGGUGACGGGGGCACUUGAGAGCUAGAUUAGAAGAAGAACAAGUCUUCACAUGAUUUAAACGAAGUACGGUGGCGUGAGGUCGGCGUGUGAAAAAGUUAAGUAAAUAUAAAGAAAGGUACAAGCACUAACUGUUCAACAUCCAGAAUCCUGAUGUUUUUUUUCUGAGCAGAUUGUUUUGUGUUUUGAUUCCCUCCACUGUCUGUGUGUUAAAGGCAAAAAGCCAAGUCAAACAAACACUGAUCCCCCAGCUCAACCUCUGGGUCUCAUCUCCUGUGAGACUCUGUUGUAGGAAGACAAACAUUAUCUUCAUUGAGAGUGGAGAUCGAUUCCUGAAUGUGUUGGAAGGAUGUAGGAUGUUACACUUGAGGGUCACGGGAGAUUGAGCUUUGUGGUGGUGCUGAGAUUUUGUACACAUAAGGGUCCAUUUACACAGUUCUGUUUGCCGUGUGUAUGUUUAUUCUUCGAUUUCAGGAAGUACCAGGCUUUUUUUUAAAAUUACAACAGAUAAAAAAGUGGUUUAACUUUGCAAAUCUGUCAUCAUUCCCUGUUUUUUUCCUUGAAGCGUUGUCACUCAUGCCCACACCUGUAGAGCCGAACCUAUUUGACCUGCUUUGGGUCACUCGAAUCCACCUCGUCCUCUUAUGAAUUACACUAAACUCAGGGGUGUUAUGGUUACCAGUACUGGCAGGGUGACUGGUCCGUUCAAUGGCAGCUACUAUUCAGCUCAUAUUCAAAAGUAAACACCCAGGCACGCACGUCGAGUCUGUUGGCUCACCAGCUUCCUCCUCCACUCGGGCUGUGUGUGGCUAUGUAUGGCUUGUGUGUGUCUGAGAGUGCGUGCGUGUGUGUGUGUGUGCAGCCAGGAAAACUGUUGUGAAUUUUCAAGUGACCUUUUUAGAACAGCAUGUGUGAGUUAGUUGUUCAGAUUUGGGUGUGGUCUCCUCCAGUUUUCCAGUGUUUACAGGUACAGGAGUUGUCUGGGAUGACAAGUUCAUUAGUCUGUUCAGUCAUUUUUCACUUUGCUCACUUUCAUCCUUCACAGGAAUAAGACCGAGCUGGGGGUUUUAGCCAGUAACUAUAAUAGAGGAAUGAUGUCCCUGUGUUUGAAUCUGUCUUCCCUUUGUGUAUGCAAGGCCGUGUUUUAUUGCUGGCAGCUUCGACCACAGAUUGACGUUUUGUUUUACCCUGUUUAAUGUUAAAUCUCUUCUGUGUCUCAUCCUCCGAAAAAGAAUGUCCUUUCUUCACGAGACUGUUGUCCAGAGGCGUGUCAGGGGCGCACAUACCAAGUGGGAGCAUUUAAGAAACUUGAUAUUGUUUAAGAAGACUUUUACAGCCUUUGAAGUAAUAAUAUUAUAACAGGGAGAAUGAAUGGCUGUUGAUUGUACCCUGUGUUUUGAACCCCCCAACCUCCAGGUUUCCCAGCAGAUGAUGUAAACCUCCCCUCUCCCUCUGCUAACAGCUAAUAAAGCACUCGGGUUCUGUAUACACUGUGACAACCACACAGUGACACACGUAAACUCUGUCUGAACUGGUCAGGCAUGUGGCUACAAGGUGGCAUUUACUGUUUAAGAGGGGCUGAAGGCAGGAAAUGUGAGGUUUGGUAACAUGUGACCAGUGGGAAGAAAAUUUAAUAUCAUGUUUUUAAACAAAACAAAACUAACCAGCUCAUUUCAUCACCGCUGAUUAACUGUCAACACCAUACCGACGCAACCGACACACCUUUACAGUCACAUCUGGAAGUUGUCAGAAAUCACAUUGGCAGCAGGUUAGCUGUAUUGUACGGUGGCCCUGAGGUGCAAAACACAACAGCAUAUCAUAAAACCAACACAAAAAGAGAAACCAAAACAGCUAAGAAGAAAACACAAAACAAAAAGAGAAAACACAACAGCAAAUAAGAAAACACAACACAAAAAAAAAACACAACAUAAGAGAAAACACAACGGCAAAUAAGAAGACACAACACAAAAAGAAAAAACAAAACAGCAAAUAAGAAAACACAACACAAAAAGAGAAAACACAACACAAAAGGACAAAACAACGGCAAAUCAGAAAACACGACAGCAAAUAAGAAAACAUAGCACAAAAAAACAACACAAAAAGAGAAAACACAAUGGUUAAUGAUGUUGUGUUUUCCCUUUUUGUGUUGUUUUUUUGUGUGUGUUGUGUUUUUUCGUUUUUGUGUUGUGUUUUUUCGUUUUUGUGUUGUGUUUUCUGAUUUGCUGUUGUGUUUUCUUUUUUUGUGUUGUGUUUACUGAUUUGCCGUUGUGUUUUGCACCUCAGGGCCUCCAUAGUAUUGGUUUAUAAAAUAACAUCAAGUUCCUGGACAUAUUUGUUCUUGGAGCCUGUACCUGUUUCUUCUUCUCUCUGCUCAGCUGGUGUCUGUUUGUUAUUGUCCACCUGCUUAUAUGUUAAAAAGAUUGUUUCCUGAUUAGAUCAACCCUUGAAACUGUUCAAACACACAAAAGCAUCCCGGAGAUGGGAAACAUGUACAGGAACAGAGUCAAAAUUCAUGUAUAUAGUUUUUACUGUUUGGAUAUCAUGAGUUUAUAUUGGAUCUAAUCCAGACUCUCUCUUCCUUCCUGUGUGUGUGCUAACAGUACUUCACAUAUAAAUCAACAGCCUGUGUUUUUAAUGUAAAUAAAAUCCUCAGGCCUGAUUUUCUAAACCAGUUCCUGGAUCAUUUAAAAGUAUUACCUCCUGAGUGAGGGCUUUUAAAGGGGUAAAUCUUUCACCCCAGAACUAAGACCUUGUCCACACGGGAUGAAAACUAUAUAUAUUGCUUUUUAAUCCAAAAAGGUUUUCAGUAAAGAUGGCAUCGUUUCAGAAAAUAUCCACAUAUACACCACUGAAAAUGACUGAAGAAGAUGUAGUGCAUAUGCCAAGCCAGUAAGUGGCGCUGUAACGGUACCCUGGAAAUGCACAGUAAAACAGAAGAAGUCUAUCGAACAUGCGUAUAAAGUCUGGCUGUUUUCAAACUCGCCUACUGCAUACUCCUGCCGAAUGCAGUAUGCAGUACAUACUGCAUACCAAAUUUUGGGCAAAUCAGUACGUACUGCUAGUAUAGUAGCCAAAUUCAAAAAUGGCCGCUGUAAUGGCUGGACGUAUCAAGAGAAUUACGGUGCAUAAUCAUUUUAAGAAAGUUUUGGAUAGGCAUCCACACCAAGAUGAAACGGUAGUUGUAUACAGAUUUAUUCACCCUGGGGUUUUCAAAAAGUAUUGUUUACAGUCACGUGAAACCAGGGGCCAUAAGCUACCACUGUUCUUUAUGUCAGCCAUAUGCAUACACAGGCUGCAUAAUUAUUAAAUGCACAUAUAUGCAAAAAAGUAGAGGUAAAAUCAGAGACUGUAUAUAGAACGGACGCCGUCUGCCUCCUCUUUGCUGGGUGAAGCCACCGCGAGAACAGCACCCUCUGGUGACGGGCUGCAGUAUAGGUCAUAAAUCCUGCCUCCUCCAGCAAUCCCUAUGGAGCUGUGGACAAACUUUAGAAAUUAAUUCCACAGAAUAUAAAUUUUCCCCUUAUUGUUUUCUAUUAUUGACACUUGAUACAGUCUAUGGGUGUAAGAAGAUUGUGUAGCUCACUCAGGGGAUAUGCUUUUUGAGUGCUGGUCUUAGGAAGACGAGAAAAUCCAGGAAAUACCAAGAGCAAUUUGGUUUCAAAUUUGUAUAAUUAUGGUAGGCAGGGCCAAGUUUUCCAUAGUAUAUACAGUCUAUGGGUAAAAUACUUGAGCUGUGAAAUGCGUCUAAAAAUGUCUAAAAUGACCAAGAAAAAGGGUAAAUAUUAAGGGUGAAAUAGAAAGUCAUUUUGAGUCAUUAUUCCACGCUUAGUGAGCUCCAAUAUAUAUGGUUGUGUUAUCGAGCGAUGUCUUUUAGAUUAACUUAAUGAAUAAAGAAAAAACGAAAUGUAUUAGGGAAUUCUUCAGAUAUAUGACCAUGGCUGAUAUAUGUGGCAGAAGCAACAUUUAGCUGCAUAAUUCUGCACAUAACAACAUAAUUUACAUAACAAAGAAGCCAGUGACUGUUCUCGAUUUAAUUUGCUGUCAUUUAGGAUGGAAAAAAACUUUUAUUAAGAAAAGUCUCUCCAAAAUACGCAGAAACCUCAGAAAACCAGUACAAUCUACUCAUAAAUCUUCCCUCUAGGCUCGAUUAUGAUCAGUUUACCAGGGUUCGGUGCAGUUCAGCUCAUUAAUUGCUGGUUUUAGUAUGAUCCUGUGAAUUAAGUGUAAAUUUAACUGCCAGUUGUGAGAGCUGUAAAUGAUUGUCACAUUUACAUGAAAUAAAGAGAACGAAGCCCUGAAGCUCUUUUCUUCACCUCUUUUCCAGACCCGCCCCUCUAAGCACCUUUUCUUGCAGAUCAAGCACAGCCAGUUCACUGAUGAUUCCACCCACACACGAGACAAUAAGCGUUGGCGCUAACCUGACUGUGUUGAGAUGUUCGACUGUAUGUGAUAAUUACCCAGGUCUUGUCCUGUAAGAAUCACAGUCAGUCACAGUCUGUGUUUUCCACGCGGCUCACAGUGCGUGCCUGGACAGCUGCCUCUGGGCGCUCAUGUCGUAUAGAAGAAGUCAGUAUGUGUCACUGAUGUGAUGAGGUGAUAUCCUAAUCCAUGUCUCUUUGUGUUUCCUUACAGUCUGCAGCAGUCUCUGAUGGAGGUGAGUGAACAUGUCUUUACAUAUUACACUCUUAACAGCUGUUGUCAUUGCAUUUUUCAUUAUUUUUACAGUUACUGUUUUUUUGCUAAAAGCUUUAUGAAACAGCCGUGUCAACCUCUGAAUUAGCCUCUCUUAGUUUCUCAGUAGUUUCUCUGUGGUAUAAAGCAUGCUGUGGUAAAGGGUUACAGUCAUGUUCAACAUGGACACCUCAUUUAAAUCGGUCUGCUUUCACUAAAUUUGUAGAAACAACAGGCGGUCUGGUUGGACCUGUUCAACUCCUGCCCCACCUCUGCCUGCUUAAUGAGGUGGAAAGCCGCAACUUUCAAAAAGAGACAAAUUUUAAAAAACAAGAACUUGACAUCAGAACAGACUUAUAAAAAGCUUAAUGCUGUUUUAUCGAACUUUUUUAAGUUUCUCUCAGGUGUUACUGAGCAUUUGCAAGUGAUAUCAAAAGCCCUGGGAUUCUGCAGUUUACGGCAAAUGGGAGGUGGAAGGAGAAAGAGAAUAUUCAAAAAGCGUUAUGGAGCUAAUACCAGAAAUUUUUUCAAUGAGCAACAGAGAUGAUGUGUUUUCAGAGAGGUAGGCUGCUCUUCCUGCACAUUUGUUUGCAUGCGAUGUUAGGGAGUGUGACGGCAGAGAGACUCUGCCUGUAUUUAGCUGUUUUUGGGGAAGACUGCUGCUCGUCCUCAUAGACCUUUGCACAAGCGCUUCAUUGACUAGUUUACAAAGAAAUUAGGUCAGCUGAUGCUGGAAGCCACACCAUGAUGAUAUUCUUUUGUAACCCCUCAGUAGCAAAGAGGAAAUGGUCAUUAGAGAGUUUUGUAUAAUUGUGGAGAAGUAUCUGGAAACUACAGAAGCGUAUUGUAUUCACUUACAAAACAAAAAGGAAACUGUUUUUUUUUCUUUGCUUUUCUCCGACUAACUUUUUCUUGUUUUUUUUUUCCUGACUAAAUGAGAUCAUUCAAAAUUCAGCGAGAAUCUCUUACAAUCAGAUAACAUUAACCACCGCGGCUGCUCCAAAUCAGCGGAUUCUCCAGCUCCUAGAUAACUUUGACUAUGGGGUCAAUGAGAGUAAAGCAUGUUAUUAAUUAAGCAUAAGGUACGCAAAUCCUGAGGUGUCUGCGCAAAGUAAACAAACUUAUGACGAUUCCUUCGAUCUGACUUAAAGAAAGGAGUAUCUCCCAGUGUCUCAAACCCAAUAGAAAGUCAAACUUGAUUAAAAUAAACAAGUGGACCAUGUUUGCUUCCAAUAAAUCGAGCAGAGGGGGAUGAAAGUGUCUGUUUUUAAAUGAUCAUGAUCCCAGUGAAUAGGGAAAAAAAUUUGUCUGAAAAACAGAAAAUUAAAAAAAAUUACUCUGAAAAACAAACAAAAAUUAACAGAGCUUUUUUAAAAUUAUUCUUUGUCUUAUUUUGGUGAAUGCAAUACGCUUCUGUAGGAAACCACACAAGUUAACGAAACAACAUGGCAGCUUAUCCCUGAAACAGCCUUUGUUAUCAUCUUCAGUCCUGUUGGAGCAGGACAGCUCUGAGGUUUAAAGCUCCUGUAGGGAGUUUUAACCGGUCAUGAAACAGAAACCAUCAGUGAGGAGACUAUCUCUGUUGUCACUGUCAGAAAAUGCCUGAAGUUAAAUUUCUGUGAAAAUAUUGUCAGUCAGUAUGUUUACAUGCACAGCUACAGUCAUAACUCCAUUAGGGGAUUUCACUGGACCACAGUCCUCCAAUUACAUUAUGUUUUAUCCAUAAUUUUUGUGGAAGUAGUCCAUAAUUUAUAUUCUUAAUUAAGUGCACCUGAAGAGCCUUUCAAAAUAAAAACCCACAGGAUAAAUCAGCUUUUUACUUCUUCAAAUCCCAACACAGUUAUCAUGAAAGUAUCAAGACUGUAUGAGCAAAUAUUCCUCCUCACCUGUCAGCAGGUUUCUACUGUAUUUGUGUUUGUGUAAAUGCAUGUGGUCUCACUCCACCGUUCUGUUUUCUCGUGUGUUUCUGGCUCUGAAUUAUUCAUAAUCACCAGGCCGGCUCGCGCUCAUAUCACUUACCAACCUACUUGCAAAAGUGUGUGUGCAUGUGUGUGCAUGUGUGUGCAUGUGUGUGCGUCUGAAUGGAGAUACAGGGCGUGUUGUGACCUGACUCUCCCUGUGGUUUCUCAGGUUUUCAGCCAGGUUGCUCAUGACCAGCGGCCCCUCUCUCUCUGUCUUCUGUCCCUGUUUUCCUGCUAGCUAGCCUCUCUCCUGCAGUGAGUUUAGGCACUGCCUUGAACUAAGUAUUCCUUGUGUGUGUAUGUGAGUUUGCAAGUGGCCCUGAUAGGGUGAGUAUGGAUGGAGGGGCUUGGUUGCCCCUAAGGAUUCGCUAUAUGCCCCGCUGGCAUCACACAGGCUCCUACCAGCUUUAUCCAGGUGAGGAUGCAGCUGCUUGACAGGAUUCUUUACAGCUUAAAUUAAAAGACGACCACAGAGGACUGCUAAAGGAAGCUUACUGCACACAGGCUUUGAUAUUGAAUGUUACUUUGGCUCUUUUUCAGGCUCUGAAGUACCUCAGGUCGGUUUCAGAGUAAUCCACAGAAGGUGGGCUUGGGAUCAAAUGAGCUUCUGUGCUAGUGGGAGUGUAUUAGACUGUAUAUCUCUAAAGAGCAUGGCAUACCUUGGCUCUGCUUUUUGUUUCUCUGCAUCAUAAGAGAAAAGUGAGUGUUGUUUGGUCUGAAUGCAAGCUCAGGAUAUUGUUGAUGUCCAUUGUUUCUCCUUUGAGACUUACUUUGUCAUAUUGGUUUGUUGACAUGAGAUCAUGUAGGGUUUUUUUUGUGUAUGUGUGAUGAUAAGUGAAGUUAGUUCUUGUUGUAUUAGAUGCUUGUUUUGCUGGGAAAUGCUCCACUCCCCCCGUGAUACAUAUAAGGAUACACUGCUGAGUAGAUGUUUGCCCUCAUUAACAGGAGUUGUACGCUACACACUAUGAAACUUAAUUAGAGGAAAUGAGCGGUACAGUUUAGGAUGUAGAUAGAAAAUAUCUCCACUUGGAUACAUGUCAUGCGUGAGGCGGAAGGAUUUUCUGAUUAAAAAAAGCAGCAUGGAAAUGUCCAACAACAGCCGAGCCUUGAGUAGAGCAGACUUCACCGCGGGCCUGAGACUUUCUCUCAGUUUAUUUACGGGAUCUGCGUUGUGUUGGACACCUGACUGGUGAUACCUUCCCUCUGGCUGUUCUUGUUUUUUAUUUUAUCUCAUCGGAUUUCCACAGAUCAGUAGGCCUGAAGCCUUGCUAAUCUUACCCUCGGCUUUCUCACUGCGCCUUCCCUUUGCAAGUCAUCAGCACAGUAACAGUGAGGUGUGGUGGUCAGAAGGAUAACUCAGACUUCCUGCAGAACUUUCCUGAUUUUAUGAGCAAAAAUAAAAUAAUUGCGAAGUUCAAAUAGCAUCCUGUGAGUGACUCUUAUUAAAGAUGGAAAACAAAGAGAACAAGAAGUAGCAAGAGACACUGGUAGGGUGUCUGUGAAACUCUUGGAUAAUACACAUUGAUGCCACAAGGAUCUAAGUGUGUUGCUUAUAUAUUUUAAGUAAUUUUGAAAUGAAUUGAACAGCAUAGAACUUUAUUUACUAGGGCUGUAAUCAACCAACGAAAUUCUUUAUCGACUAAAACCCCGACCAAAAAUCGACUAAUAUGGGGGGCACAAAAGGCUAAAAUAUAAAUAUUCAGCAAACCACCAGAUGCAAUUUUUUUUUGUGGGAUAGUAGGGGAAGGUCCUGCCCUCCUUUGCCUCUGAUUGGCUGUGCUGGAUUUCGAUUGGUUAUUCCUUAUGGCUGUGAAACGUCAUUGUCUGUCGGGUUAGGGUUGGGAGAUUCAGAAGUGCGAUAAUGUUCUGUAACGUUCUGUUCAAUGUAAAGAGCCGACAGCCCGUGUUCGGCCUGAGCAUCCAGCUUUUCUAGCCAAUCAGAGGCGAAGGAGGCAGGACCUUCCCCUACCAUCCUACAAAAAAACAAUAUCGCCCACCAUGGGGUUGUUGAUUAACGCGGACGCUCUUUAAUCUUUCUGUCUCCAGCCGGUCUCCAGUGGGACUGGCGAAUCCAAAAUGGUGAAAAAAAGGGGGGGUGUUCUGAGACAGACUGCUACCUGUGAAAUGGAAGUGCUCUGAAAACACCCCCAAAAGCACUUGGUAUGUUCCUCCUGAUGAAAUUAACCAUGGACUGUAAAUUGACAUGGAAAGAAAUCGAGUCGACCAAUCAGAAUUUUGGUCGACUCAGCACUUAUCGACCAAUAGGUUGAGCAGUCGAUUAGGACUUUACAGCCUUAGUAUGUUGCUGACAUAUUUUAAGUAAUUAUGAAUUGAAUUGAAGAGCAUGGAGCUCUUUUUACUGCUGCUUUCUUUGUAUGAGUAAAAAUGUUUCGCAGUAGAUUGAAGAUGAUGAAGUAAUUGAAUGGAAAGAACACGUAAACACUGGAUCGGCCAGAAGGAAAACGUGGAGAAGCAAACAAAAAAAUAAAAUCUAACUGGAACUUUUUGAGUAUAUUAGCCAUUUAAGACCAGCCCAUCCGAUGUUUCACUCUUGUGUUGUUCACGUAAAGCUACAUUUACAGAAAUCAAAAAGUGAGAUACACCAAAUUCUCAAACUUUGAAUCAUUGCUCUUUGUUUGAACUCAGAUGUAACUCAGCACAGAGAUUCCCAGCCCUCAGUGGUGCUGCUGUGACUUCUUAUUUAACGCGUGAUGUGUGUCUUCAAACAGAACUCAACAGCGCGGAGCUGCAGGGCUGCAGCAGUGACAACAGUCUGAACAGCAAUGCCAGCCUCCCAAGUGUUCAGAGUCACCGACGCCACACUGAGAGGAGAGUGGCCAGCUGGGCCGUUUGCUUCGAGAGACUGCUGCAGGAUCCCGUGGGAGUCCGCUACUUCUCGGUACUAAAUAUAGCACGUCUGUUAUAGACCGGCACAUUUCCUCGACAGAUACUUUCAUCAAAGAGAUCUUUCAGAAAUGUUUUCUAAUUCCACACAGUGAAAGGAUGAAUUAGUUCUGCAUCUGUGUGAUCCAAUGAAGAACUUUGAGAUCUGAUAACUUUUCAGACAAGGACUCAUGAGUGGGUCAGGUGGAUUACAGGAAGUAAAAUCCAGGACAAUUUGGUUGAUUUGAGGUGGUGAGGGUAACCACAGGAAAAGACAUGUAGACAAAAUAAUGUAACACUUUUAUUUAGAAUAAAACUCAACACUGGUUUUUGAUUCUCGAUACGCAUUUCCAAUUAUCUGAUGUUAGUUGAUCUGCAAGUAAUUAUGGACUCAGUAGCUCACAAGCUCUUGUUUCUGCUCCGAGGAAAACGGAGGAAGGAGGGAUGGAAACAUGAGAAGAGCCUUUUCAGCACUGCUUAACUGCUUGAUAGUGUUGAAUUUACCUAAUGACUGAAAAAAAGCCUUGAAGCCCAGAUAAUCGUGUUCAUAUCUUAAAAUGUAUUUUCAUUAUUUAGUGUAUGCUGAUGCAGAUUAUAACGUCUCAUAGUCUGUUAUAGUUCAGUAAAAACCUCGGACAUCUGAUGUGUUUGAAACGUGAUUCUUGUGCCGCAGGAAUUCCUUAAGAAAGAGUUCAGCGAGGAGAAUAUCCUGUUCUGGCAGGCGUGUGAAUUCUUCAGCCAUGUCCCUGAGAAUGACAAGAAGCAGGUAACAAAUGUUUUUAGGAGUCAGUAUAAGGAAUAAGAUUUUUUUUUGUUUGUUUGUUUUUUCAUUUUGUCUUAUUUUUCUCCUCCAACAGCUUUCCCAGCGUGCUCGGGAAAUCUACAACAGCUUCCUGUCCAGCAAAGCCACAACACCGGUAAACAUAGACAGUCAAGCUCAGCUCGCCGAUGACAUCCUCAACGCCCCGCGGCCUGACAUGUUCAAAGAGCAACAGCUGCAGGUACUACCCUCAAACAAACUCGACAUCCUCUUCGCUGUAACCUAAGUGUGUUUCACGCGACCUCUCCUAAACAGUUAGCGUCUGAUUCAUGAGUCGAACCCAGAUGAACAUGAUCCCUGAUUUCUCUUGGAGGGAGAGAGUGAAAAGAGACCUAACCCCAAGGAAAAACAUAAUCAACUGUAUGAAAACAAAAGAGAUCUCUUUUUGGACUGGGGUUUUACUGAGUCUCUGGCAUUACGAAGGGGAAUGGUUUCUUAGAAGUGCUUGUUAUGAAGUGGAGGGAAUACUGAAAAGCUCUUUUGUUUCCAGCAGCCAAGCUCGCUUGUUCCAGAGUCAGGAGACUAGAAGGGUAUCCUUGUCAUUACCCACCUUCUCUAUUUUAACACAUCAAACAUGCAGAGUUCUCUGUGAAGGUUCUCAUCAUCCAGGUCAUGGUUAUCCAAUUCUUCGUUGAAAGGGCAACUGGACUUGUUUUAAGACGCUCAGCCUCUCUUCUAAAUGGUUUCUUUAGUUCUAAGGUGACAGGGGCCAAAGUCGCGGUUUCACAGUUUCUGUUGGUCAUCCAGCUGUAAAGGGGUGGGUGGUCUCCUCAGUUACUUCUUUAUUCAGGUCUUUAGUAAGGAAACCUCAAGAGUUUGUACUACAAUACGGCAUUAAACUGAAAUUUUACAAUGUUUGUAUAAAAAGGGGUCAGGUAGUAAGGAUGGGCGAUAUGGGCUUAAAAAAUGUAUCACAAUAAGAUUUUCCAUUCUGGCGACAACAAUAAAAGUCCCCAUAGGAAAUAUUAAAAAUCCAAUUUAUAUUUUUGAUUCAUUUUGUCUUGAGAACACCAGUCAGAGAAGUCAAAUAAGAUACUUAACCACAAGUUUGAGUGGUAGGAUUUGGAGAAAACUAUUGACAACGUCUUCUUCGUUACCUUCGUCCAUGUUUGUUUGUUAUUCUGCUCUGCGUGGGCGAUGGCUGUGAGUUCGGCGCUCCCGCUUUCGUCAUCAACUUGCAUUUAUCAUAUUUAUCUUAAGAUGGCAAAUAUUUCUCAUGGAGGUUUUCUCUGACGAUAUAUUGUGAAUGAUAAUUUAUCGCCCAUCCCUAUCAGGUAGAUGACCUGUGAUGUCAGCAUCUAAUUUGGUUGAUGAAAAUGAUGAAUGAAAAGUCACCAAUAUAACCCCUAACUUUGAACAAGAACCCUGGCCCUCUCCACGUUAAGAUGCUGCCCUCGCACCACAGUGAAACUCGGCCAUCACGAUGCCUGUACUUUACACCACACCCUGAAAAGUCUCUGUGCUGCUGUCCAAGUGUGAGAUUUAGCAUUACAUUGUAGUGUUGCAGAGGUAUGAGAGGCAUGACGUGUAAACAAACAGCAGGAGCUUUACGCAGAUGAUCUGAUGACACCUGUUGUGAUGAGAUCACACACAUACACACACACACACACACACACACACACACCAUGGUGCAGUUCUGCCCUGCCUGCUCCAGCCGAUCCAGUUGCUUACAUUGAUCUUGUCCAGCUGUAGGGAAACAGUUGUCAGCACCUCCCAUACAUAAAUACUCACUCAUACCAUUAUACAUACAUGGGGUAGUUAUAUAAUUUCACUCGUUACACCUCAGCUCAGCAGCAAAUAACUCCACCCACCAUUAAGCUUCAGGUCUUGAACAUCUUGUCUUAACUCUGCCGCAUAUUGAACCUUAAAUACUUUGUUUUGCAUUCACAUCCUUGUCUGUUUGCUCCUUCAUCACCUCCUGGAUUUAUCAUCCUCUCCUUGUACUUCCUUUUACUUAUCUUUAGAUCUUCAACCUGAUGAAGUUUGACAGCUACACACGGUUCCUCAAGUCUCUGCUAUACCAGGAGUGUAUGCUCGCUGAGGUGGAGGGGAGGCCUCUGCCUGACCCUUACCACAUCCCCAGCAGCCCAACCUCAAAACACAGUACCACUGGCUCUGACCGCUCCAAUAUCUCAACACCCAAGAAGGUACGGUUAAAAAAACAUGCAAAGUUACAUCUUUCCCACAGCGUUAGUAUGUUACUCCUAUGAUAUUUUAAAAGUGAUAAAAAGAGUCUGAAACUCAUUGAAGUCAGACUUAAAUGGAAAUAAGAGUGUUGAGUUUCUCUGUUUAGAUCUGGGUGUCUACUACUCUCAUCUAUCUCUUUGUUUAUUUCCAAGGAGGACAAAAAGAGCAAAUCUGGCAGAUCUCUGAACGAAGACAGUCGAGAUGAUUCAGUGGACCGCAAGAAAGGCAUGUUCUUCUCAUGGUCCCGCAACAGGAGCUUCGGCAAAGGCCCAAAGAAACGAGAACUGACUGACUUCAACUACAGUCAGUAGUUUUUUCUUUAUUAGUUUUAUGAUUUGGUUUUAACAGAGAUUUGAUCUUGAAACUGAAAAUUACUUUCUUUCUCAGAUCAAAUAGCUGUCAUUUGUUGACACUUCUUGUGUUAUUUUAUAGAUUUCUCUGGCAGCAAUGGACGCCGUGAAUCCCAGGGAUCGGUGUCAUCAGGAGCCAGUCUGGAGUUGGGGAGGAACGAGGUCAGUCUAAGUACCGGCACCAUCAGCACCUUCACGCUCCUUCUCUCAACACCAUAACUGCUCGUGUGAGAGUGAUGUUCAGUGGAUAGCCAUAAUAAAACUGUGUUAGAGCAUCUUUAAUACUGUGGAUCUCGUCCCUGGUCUGUGGGGGUCAUUACAUACCAAAAGUGGUCCAAGGAAGGAAACUGGCCAGCUGAUCAGGGGCUGAAUGGUGCAUUUGUUUGAAAAAAGCUGGCUGAAGAGAUUUGAUCUUUAAUUGGUUUAAACUAGGGCUGUCGAAAGAUUCAUUUUUUUAAUCGCGAUUAAUCACAGAAUCUUCAUAGUUAACUGCAAUUAAUUGUGGUUUGAAACUCUGUUAUUUUGCAUCUCAAGGCAGUUUUAAGCCCAUAAUGUAAAGUAUUUCUUACCAGAGUCUUAUUGGGAAUCAAAUAAACAUUAAUUAAAGUUCUUAUAGAUCAGUAUUGGACAGUGGAUUGCUCUUGGGGUCACAUUGCAGACCGGUAAAGAUGCUCGCACUGACCUCUAUUAGCAUCUAAACUGCACUUUAAAGCAAUGACAGAAGGUGGCCCCAUGUUUAAGUUAUUGUCUUUGCCUCCAAAUUCCCCAGAUCUCAGUCCAGUUGAGAAUCUGUGGUCUGUGUCUCAUCAGGUCACGGCUAACUUGGCCUUGACCUGAUUAGAGCGGUGCUUUUACUGUGUUAGUCAGGAGGUCAUCGUGUUAGAGCUGAUUUGAGUUAGUCAAACAACACCCGUCUGUUUCCUCAACACUGGUCCCUCUCACUGUCCUGUCCCUGUUUUCUUCUCAGGGUGAAGUCCCUCACGGCACAGUAUCGAUGUCAACAGGAGGAGGAGGAGGCGCCCCCUUGAGGCAGUGUAAUAUAAGCUUGCCUGAUGGCUCAUGUUGCUCUGUGCCACUCAAGGCUGGAGUGUCCAUCAGGGAUAUGCUGCUGGGCAUCUGUGAGAAGCUCUGCAUCAACCUGGCAGCUAUCGAUCUCUUUCUGGUUGGAGGGGAAAAGGUAAAGUAUGAGUGGAUGUAGAAAUGUCCCGAAGGUCUUCAUUUAGAGCAACAAUUUUAAAAGCAUUAAAUUAAACGGAUAUUCCAGCGUAAAUUUAAGUUAUGGUCAAACACACUCUAACACCGAGUUAGACACCCCCAAAGAGAUUUACAGCACAAGUAACUAGACGUAAAUAAAGAAGUUUCUCCUAAUUGGAAUAAAAGACGAACAAUCAGAGGGGUGAGGAGGUUACAGCUGUGUGUCCUGGCCUGUCUUGUUAAAAGACACUCACACUUGUCCUGACCAUGCGUCUGAUGCUUCAAUGCGAUGGGAUCUCACUUUGAAGCAUCACAUGCAAAUAAACAUGGAGCUUUUUCACGCUCAUUAGUCUUUGACAGAGUGGGAGUUGUCGAUCAGAUCAUGUUGUUUAUGUUGUGAGGGAAUGAGCAUGGAAAAGGAUGGACUGGAUCUAGAUCUGCACAUCACCUCUCUGUUCGCUCUUAUUUGGAUCUUUGUACAUACUUCUAUACUUCAUUUUCAACUGUGCUUGCUUACUAUAUUAAAGACUUACAGAUGAAACUAGUAGAGAGUGGGGGGGUGACAGAUGGGAAAAGAGCAGGUUGGAGUCAAACCCGGGGCUAAACGGCUGCCCUACAACAACAAAAAACAAAAUGAACUGGUUUCCUCAUAAUACUUAAAAAGGCAUAAAAUCCACAUUAUCUUGUUCAAAAGACGGAGGCAGAUUCAUUAGAAGAGAUUUCUGUGGCUGAUCACCUCAUGAAUAAUGCAUCACUUUCCAUUGUGGUCUGCCCUGUCUCCAAUUUACAGAGGAUAUUGUUCCCGUUAUAUUUCAGUGUAAACACCUCCAUAAAGUUUAGCCGCCAAGAACAGUUUGUUUUUGUUUUGGUUUAACCGUCUUUGGAAAGUCACUCCAUGUUUGACCUGCUAGAUUUUCAGCAUCUUGUGUUUGCAUCAACUCUGCAUGUCAUUUAAAUCUAAAAUGACCCAUCGAGAAGCACUUAACUGUUUCAGACUGUGGGUCCACGGUGGUUCAUGCAGGUUUUUGUCAUUCUGGUCGAACAGUCAGUCAUUAUUGUCCUUUACGGCUGAGAAACUAGCAGACCUUUUUUUGUGUGUGUGUCUCUCUCUUUCAGCCACUCGUUCUAGACCAGGACUGUAUGACAUUAUGCUCUCGAGACCUGCGGCUAGAAAAACGUACUCUCUUCAGGUAAGGUCAUAAUGAGCAGUCUCCCUGAGCAUGCUGGACUUGAAACACCAAUUCCUAGAGGGUCAUUCCUUUUCUCUUUUCCCAGACUCGACUUGGUCCCCAUUAACCGUUCAGUGGGUCUGAAAGCAAAGCCGACCAAGCCGGUUACAGAGGUCCUCAGGCCCGUGGUCGCCAAAUACGGCCUGCACCUCUCUGACUUGGUCGCACGUAUUGUAAGUAGCAUCAUUACUGUAUCUACCAGACAGAGAUAGGGCUGGGCGAUAUGGCCUCAGAUCAAUAUCAUGAUAUGUUGAGCAGUUCACCUCAAUAACGAUAAAUGGACGAUAACUACUCUGCAAGCUGCUCACCCCCUCCCACAUUAGCUUUGUUUACUUCAGCCGCUACAACUUUUGAACCGUCUCCGAUGUAGGACAGCGUCUUAAAGGGACAUGACACUGAAUAUACUAAGAUGGGCGUAAUGACGUUGGUUUUUGUCGUAAAUUUCGGUAUCAGUAAAUUUUCAGUUUAUCGCCCAGCCCUAGACAGAGACGUUGAAAGGGAUGAUGUCAAACGUGUGUGUCUGUUAUGAUGCAGAGUGGGGAGCUGGAGCCACUAGAUCUAGGUCUUCCUAUUUCUAACCUGGAUGGGCUGCGAGUAGUAUUAGACAUUGCCGAUCACACUCCUGGAAAAGGUAGGAAACACACAAUCGCAACAAACAGUCGCAUUGUUCAUCAUUUUGCAUCCAAAUCUCGACAUGUUCUCCUCCUCCUUCAUUCAGACAAACCGAAAGUUGCCGCUUCUAAGAGCCACGCCCCCGCCUCAGUGGGCAGAAACCAAUCAGCAACAGUAAGAUCUCCUUUAACGUCUCUUUUCACUUUCACACUGGAAUGUUCUGUAACACACCACUCCCUGGAUGAUGAUGAUGAUGAUGAUGAUGAUGCCAUGCUACUAAGUGUCCUCUCCUUCAAUCACCCAUGUCUGUUUGUCAGUGUCCGUGUCUAAAACACAUGUAUGUGCUCAGGUGAAUGAUUCGUGUCUUUGCCAGCAUUCGGGCUGUGUCUGUAUUUGUGUGCAUUGUCAUUUUGCAGUCAAAGGCCUCAUCCAACUCUCAAACGUUCCUAAUAUUCCAUUAUCAUGAUCCGUCAAAACGCUUCAUCACCUCUUCUUUCUGGUUGGCUGAUUCUCUUUCUUCUGUAACAAACCCACUGGUUGGACAACGGGACCCGGACUCUCUCAGAACCUCGUGAAACCCCCUUUUUUUGGUGGUGGCAGGAGCUCCUUAGAUAGCGGUCUGAUUUGGAGACAAGCAUGAAGGCGAUUUGUUUCCCUCUUCGUUUAUUCUGAGGUAGUGUUGGGCGGUAUGAUGGUAUAAACCGUGUGCAGGUAUAAAAGUGUCUACCCGUAGAAAUUUUGCUAGCGAGAGAGCAGAUGUCUGCUUCAUCUCUCUGAGUCAGUGAGUAGUUGUCUAUGCUCGCCGGAGCGCAUCCGUUUGCAGAGUUUGUUCGCUCCGUUUGAUUGGUCAGGUUUGGGUGUGCUCCCUUUAAUCACCAGCGUGUCCAGCAGACUGCUUGGCGUAGUUUCGACAAAGAAGAAACAGCUUCACUGGUGGAGGUCAUGGCUGAUGCGAAGAUUAGUGGCAGUACUGAACAAAUGGAGGUAGGCCGACGAACCCAACACAAGGAAGAGGAGGAGGAGAAGAGUGCGAGUCGUGACAUCUGUUGUCUGGGGAUUCUUCCGAUUUAGAAAAUCCAACAAUGAUCAAAAAACAAAUACUAUGCAAAGAGUGUCGUGUGACUGCUGUUGCUGGAGGUGGAAACACCAACAACCUCUUCUACCACCUAAAGAUGAAACACGCCAAGCUCUGUUAUGAGAUCUAUUAAAAGAUGCGCGGUGCACCCGCUGCACCAAAAACUAAAGUUGCAGCUGCUCCUCUCAUACUAAAGAGUCUUUCUCUAAAGGUUCGCCAUAUGAUAAAAAUCGCCAGACUGGUCUGGCAUUUUGUUCGCUUUUUUGUACAAAUCCGAGUUUGAAAAUGAAAGGAAAAUGAACAAAUGCAACAGUAUUUUUAAGCUAUUAAUUGAAUUUACAGGGGGGAAGAAACAUACGUGAUAUAAGAUUUUAUUCAUACCGCUCAACACUAUUCUGAGGGGAUCUUUUCAUUUAUAAAACAGGCUGUUUUCCACCACAAACCAAGUGAGGUGGCUUUCCGCAGUGAGACAGUCGGUACCUCUGGUGUUGUGUGAUCUGUCAUGGUUACUAAAUCCACUGGCCGUGCUUGGUACUCUCAGUGUUGGCCUUCUUGGGGUUUUUAAAAGGAUUUCCCACCUCCUUUUUUAGAAGAUGUUGUAGCGGCAUAACUAAAAUCAGCCCCCUCUGUUUCAGUUCAAUUCUUAUUUUAUAACCUGUCAUCCUCGUCACUGUCAGUAGCACUGUAGACCCCCUGGUGUUUCAUCAUUUGUCCCCAUAAUCGCACCAUCAAGACUGAUCAGGGCUCCAAUGCAUGACCCGCUCUUCUUUCGGCCCUCAGGGGGAGGACAGGCCAUCAGGGAAAGCUGGUCUAGCCCGCCCCCAUGUGGAAAAUGGCAAAGCUGGGCCCAACCCUGACACUAGCGACCAGCCCUUAACCAGCUACUCUGUCUCUCUUCAUAAGGCUCCGGAGAAAAGAAAGCAGAAAAAGAUUAAUAUAGACGAAGCUGAAGGUAAAGACAAAUAGUACAACCUUGUUUUCUCUUUUGUAUCUGUAGCUCCGUUUGCUGUGAUCACACUAACCCUUUGCCUGUGUGCCAUAUUGCAGCAGCAGCAGUGAAUGCUUUCAGAGGCUAGCCUGCUUAGUCUGUCUGAUCACACUGGAUGUAGCUUUGACUUGUUGAGCUGAUUAAUACACACCCUCUGCUGCAUGUUAUUACAAAAACUGUUUAUUUUCUUAAAGGUGGUUUUAUGCUGGUUAUUUGCUAUUGUGUAUUUGUUUCUGUUUGAUGUGUGUGCGUGUGUGCCUGCAGAGUUCUUUGACCUCAUAUCCAAAGCUCAGAGCAACCGAGCCGACGACCAGCGAGGCCUGCUAAACAAAAGCGACCUGCAGCUCCCAGACUUUCUGCGCUUGUCGCCAGUGGCAACCAACCAGGCUGGCCCUCCUCCAUAUGAAUCCGAGCCCAGUUGCUCAACUCCGUUUUCCCGCAACCCCAACAAUGGCAGCUUCCCUGGCAACGGUCGCCGGGGCAUCAAGGCAAACAGCAAUGACAGGGGAGGAGGGGGCUCCCAUUCGCUCAGUGCAAGCCAUCAGUCCCACAGCUUGGACUCGGCGCUUGGCACUGAGAGUGGAGGGGGUAGAAAAACCAGGCCUCCUCCUCUGUUCCCUGGCACCCUUUCCCCCAUCCAUCCGUCCCAGGGCGCCCACUGUGGUCCUCUCCAGGACUCUGUCAGGGGAGAUUCAGUCCAGAUGCUGGAGGAGGACACCCUGUCCGAUCUGACUCUUGUUGGAGAGGGUGACAUUAACUGCCCCAGCCUUACCUACGUCACUCCGUCAGCCCUACAGUGCAACCCCCACCCCCGGCAUGAAGCACAGGACAAUUGGCCCAGCUCAGGUACUUCCCCAGUGUGAACUCUCAAAACUUCAUAAAGUCGUGGUCCAGAAUGCAUUCAGCUCUCUUCCCUUGAUUUCAUCAAUCACUUCAUCCUUUCCAAAAGAAAUAAAGUAGUGCUCUAUUUCAGAUUAAACCAUAAAUACAGUAAAUAUCUGAAAGGAUGUGUUCCUCUGGAAAGUUCAUGAACUGAUAGAGUGACGAACAGCAUCUGCUGCAAAUCACCAAUAGCCUCAAAGAAAAACUGAAUAAUUCAGCAGAAGAGAGGAAAGAUUGAUGCAUUAUCCACCUGACAGUGUAAAACUUCUCUGUCCUUCUGUUUUUUUGCAUGUCGUGUGUCUUUGUGAACAUUGGAGUGACUUGCUGUGGAUUUUCUUCUGGAAGUGUAAGUUUAGGAAAAAGUACAGAGUGAAUCGUGGAUAACUUAUACCUUCACCCCCCAGCCCCAAUAAUGCACUUUAGCCAAUGACAAAUACAAUCACAAACUGUACAUACGCCUUUCCAACCGUAAAUGUUUCAACUUGUACCUUUCAAAAUUUCAGUGUCGUGCCACUAAAGCUGGGCAGAAAAUAAAACACUUCACCAGACUUAAUAGACGCUCCAAAUCCACACUUGCACAGAUCCUCAGGUCGUCCGUUCAUUAUAAUCAACCUGUUGCAUUGUUUUGAGCACACUGCAUUUUAGCAUGCUGAACAUAUUGCUUAGCCAGAGACGCAUACAGCUGUUCAUCACAAUGCAGAGUGAAGUCUAUGUUUCCAACACUCCUCCCUCUCCUCCUCCUCCCUUCAGACUUAAACUUGAGCACAGAGGAAACCCUCCUCUCUGGCCCAUAGACUGUAUAUAGAAUGGAUGUAUCUGCCUCCUCUGAGGGUGAAGUCACCGUGAGAACAGCACCAUCUGGUGACGGGCUGCAGUAUAGAUCAUAAAUCCGGCCCCCCUUCCUCUCAAACUUUGGAAAUAUAUAAAAAAUAUAUAUAAAAAAAGUUGAAAUUUUGACUUUAUUCAUGUCAACUAUGUCAAAAUUUCAACUUUAAUCUCAAAAUUUAUUUAUUUUUUUAUCUUGAAAUUUCGACAUUAUUCACGUUAUUUCGCCAUUUUUUUCGCCUUCUCAAAAUUUCGACUUUAAUCUCGAAAUUUCAGUUUUUAAUCUCAAAAUUUCGACUUUAUUGACAUAAUUUUGUUUUUUUUUAAUCUUGAAAUUUCAUCUCUAAUCCCCUUCCUGUAAUUAUUUUAUUCCUCCUCAUGUGACCCUAAUCCUUUUAAGUAAAGACUGGUUUGUGCCCAAGUCCUCAUUUUCUAUAGAGCUCCAUUUUUAAAAGUUAUUAGGGGGUUCACGAUUUUUAUGAUUGACACUUGAUACAGCCUAGGGGUGUACAGGGGAUACGCUUUUUUAACCGAACAUCAGUGACUCUUCCGCUGAAUGCGUACAACGCUACUGCGCUAGCGGUGGUUCCAGGAAGUGGAGAAAAUCCUAGAAAUACCGAGAGCAUUUCGGCUUCAAAUUCGUACAAUGACGAAAGGCGGAGCCAAGUUGUCCAUUGUAUAUACAGUCUAUGAUCUGGCCAGAAUGAGCCGAAAUCUUCACCUCUGUUUUCAGUUUUCACUUUGUUUUAGUUCCAGUUUUCUUCUUUUACUUCAGCGUCAGUUUCUUUCCUAUCAACAGUCCUGCACUUCCACAGAGGUCUGAACUGUAUGUCGUACUUUAGCUGGAAGAUUUUGGGGGUAACAAAUCUCACUGUUUCACUCUCAGAGUUUCACUCUUACUUCUUCUUUCCGUACCUGUAAUUGAUCUCAGUCUUCUUUUCACUUGUGAGAUCCUUCAGUUCAAAUUAUUAAUUUGUAUAUAGUCAUUUUGGGGAAAUCACUGUGUUGCUGUAGUUAUUAUUGAAACGCAAUGCAGCAAUACUGUUUUCUUCUGUUGUUUCAUGAUAGCCAUCAGUUUUCUCAGUUGACUGUUCUGUCUGUAAAUAGUUCAAAUAAAUGAAAGGGUUGCUCUUGCUGUAGAGCUUCAUGUGACUGGCCUCGUUUCUUUUCUUGGACUUCUGAUGAUAUCUGUAUCAUCUCUCUCUUUUCUCACUGCAUUUGUUAGGAGCCAGUGUUUACAACUGUCCUCUCUUCUACACUGAGCUUUUUUUUUUCUGAGUACAUCAAACAGAAAAUCAUGUGAAUUAUUUUACUUUAUUAUUGCCAAUCUCAGCCACACUUUGUUCUUUUUACCAACACAUUUCAGAGGAAAACAUGAUUACUCUAUUAAUUUAUUAGACAGUGGAUGGUCACUUUAAAGUUAAAAGAAUACAUUGUAUUAUACUAUGUUGUAUUAUAUAAAAAAGUAAUAUAUUAUAUUAUAUAUUAAAAAGUAUUAUAUAAAAUUAAAAAGUAUAAUAUUAUUAUAUUAUAUCAUAUUAUAUUGUACAUCAAAAAGUUAUAUAUAAAAUUAAAAAGUAUUAUAUUAUAUUAUAUUAUGUUAUAUUAUAUUAUAUUAUAUUAUAUUAUAUUUGUCCUGUAAAAUCUGUAUCCCCUUUUCACCCUUACAAAUCUACUUAGACCCAUAUGUUAUUGUAAUCCAAUAAUGCAUUUCCUUUAUGCUGUAUUUUGUGCUUUUGUUCUAUUGAGCUUCGAGUUGACUAUUUUAUUAUCAUUAUAUGUCUCCAGUUUUUCAAUAGAAACUCUAAUUCUUCCUCUAAAAUGUUCAGAAGUUGAAAUCUUAAACUUUUUUCUUCUCCUGUCAUCUAAAAUUCUUCUACUCUAUGACCUCUUUCCUGCAUAUCUUGCUUGAUAUUCCUGUCAUCUCUCCGUCCCUUCUCUGACUCUCUCUCUCGGUGUCGUUUUGUAGUACUGGUCUUUUGUUUUGGGGGUACAAAGGCUUUCUAGGGAAACUGGGCUAUCAGCUAUUUGGCUUAAUGCCUUGUUAGGCAAGCUUCGUCACACUGGGCUCUUUGGAAGCGAACAACAAGAGAAAGUUUGGCUUCCUCCUCUUCUUCUCCACAUUAGUAUUUGCAUACACUUUCAAAAACCAAGAGUUUAACUCCAGUCAUAGAUGUAUUUGCUCAUGGAUAAAUAGGAAAUUAAAAUCUGUGCGUCUUUUGACUUGAUUGUUCUCAUUUCAACAAAUCCAAAACAGUAUGCGAUGAUUUUGUUUCCUGUGAAUCUGGAAACAAAAAUUAUUCGAUAACAAGGAAGCCCCGUGAUUAUUACAUAGUGGACCAGUCCUGGGGUGUGAUAAGACUAUUGUUCUUGUAGUUGCAUGGGAACAUCUUGUGUAAUUCACUGGCUCUUGUUUGCCCAUGUCCACUGUCCAACAAAAUAAUUAGAGCAUCAACAGAAUUAGCUUUCCAACUCAAACAGCCCCAUCUGCUGGUAGGAGUGUGAAUCAAACGAUGGAUAUAAAAACACAGAGGGGAAAACAUGAACAAACCAGCUUUUCUUUUGAGAAGUUAUAAGUAAACAGAUGAAGUUUAAAACAGUCAGGGUUUGUAAAAGAAAAGUGAAAGUGCUGAUGUUACCGGAUCAAUUACGCACUUUCUCAAUAACAUGUUAUAAUUUAUCGACGCAUAUUGCAUUCACUUACAAAAACAAAACAAAACAGGAAAUUGUUUUUUUUUUUCUUUUUUUUUCUUUGCAGUUUCUCAGACAAAUUUUUCCCCCCUCUGUCUGUUUUUCGGACAAACUUUUAUUCUGGUUUUUCCACUAUUUUAUUCAUCUCUCUUUGUUUUUCAUACUUUUAUUCCUGGUUAAACAAGAUACUUUAAAAUCCUGCGAGAAUCUCAUACAAUCAGAUAGCGUUAACCACCGCACUGCCCC